AUGAGUUUGUACAGUUUAAAGUCUAUGUUAAUUGUGGUUUUGUUGGUUGUAGCCGCUAGAAGUGGUGUGGACGGAUUCAAGUUCCCUGACAGGUUGGGAAGAGUUGUGGAGGAGGAGCUGAAAGAUCAUCUACCCGUCGAUUUUGUGAAGAAGUGGACACGACUUAGCCCUGCUGUAAAACAUAUGGCUAUUGACUUGCCGCUGACUGAGAUUUUACCGCAAGAAAAGAAACAGGUCAGUCCUGAUGGCUCUGUU